UCCAUUCUGAACUCCUUCAUCCCUCUGAACAGAGAAGGGUACAGUAUGGAAGUGCAAGUGGAUAUUGAAUCAAAGCCAUUCAAGUUCCAACCCAGCANUGGAGGCAGCAGUGUGGAUGACCGUGGUGCUGCCUGUGGCCACACGGGCAGGGCAUCCAGUGGCUUGCCUGAAGGUAAAUCCAGUGCUACCAAGUGGUCCAAGGAAGCAACAGGAAGAAAAAAGUCAAAGAGUGGUAAACUGAGGAAAAAGGAUAACAUGAAGAUCAAUGAAACCAGAGAGGACAUGGAUGCACAGUUGUUACAGCCACAAAGCACAAACUUAAGUGACUUUGAGGUGCCAUCCCUGAGUGGCAGCAUGCCAUCUGUAGCAGUUUCCCACUGCAAUCACUUUUCUUACUUAGAUAGCAUGAGAGUGUCCUGUAGUCACCAUUCCAGGGACUGCCACGCCCACUUCGCAGCUGUGAACACCCUUCCUGAGGUAGAAAAUGCUGGGCUGAAACAUCCACCUCACCAAUGCAGCAGUGCUCUGCUUUCCAAAACUGCUUCCUGUUCAGAAGUCCCACGGCCCUGCCAUGCAGCAGACGAGCAUGGCACCAACUGACGUUGGGGGAAGCUGAUGGUGGAUGGUGACACACUGAGAGAGACAAAUAAUAACCCCUCGCACCAGACAGCAGACAUAAAAGUUGCUGUCCAGACUAAAAUGUAGGCCCAUGAAUGCUGCAGAGUAAGAACCACUGAACAACAUUGUUGAGAGCUGGUUGACCAUCUGUGACUGUUAAGUUUAAGUUACCACGAAAGCCAGGUUUCAUAAUCGUCAUGCAAAUACACUUUGUAUGUCUAGCAAAGCAUUCUGUUUCAUGUUGAUAUUACCAAACUAUGAAAUGAAGGCUUUAAAGUGUGUUGGUACCAGAAUAAAACACUGCCUGAUGCACAUACACAUGUGUUUAGAUAGAAAUUUGGCUUAAUUUGUAAUCAUAAGAUACUCACACUGUUCUAUGGCAUCCUUAAGGAAGAUUGAAGCUUAGGGAUAAGUGGUUAGUGACAUUUUAUUGAAACCACUAAAGGAUGGAACUUGGCAGAUUACUCAGUAUAUGAUCCUCUUUGUAACAUUUGUCUUCAUAACUGAGCUCAAAUUUCAUUUCUUCAUAUGCAAUGUAGAUAUCAAGUUUCAUGCUGCCCAUUGGUAACCAUUCAGAUACUUAGAAACUGGAGCAAGGUUUGGCAGUUUUUGCACAAAUCUGAAGUCGAAAUACUUGGUACUGUUCCAUAUGAGUGUGGUUGUUGCCAUUUUGGAAGAAGUAAAAGUAGGUAACUUAGGGUCUGACAACAGCAGAAGACAAUCCCAUUACGAUGUAUUACAGACACACCUGUCACUAAGGCAAGUUAGUGCCCUUCAAUUCUUCGUGUCUUUGAGAGAGACUGUGUUUUAUGAGCCUCCUCAUUUGAGAAUUUUGCUCCAGAAUUUCCCAUCAUGUCUUAUCUAGUCACCUUGGAUAAUAUAGAAAAAUACAGCAAAUAGGUAAACAUGAAUGUUUUUAUUAACUACUCUGAAAAAGUAUUCACCUACAAAGACACACAUGCAGCCUUUUGAAAAUUUAACAUUACACAACCUCAACUUUUAACAUGAAUAUCUUUUUGAACCAUGAAAUCAAAACAAUGCAGAGCUUGCACCAAGCUUACAUAAAUGUCAAUGUGUGGCUUUGUUUCCUUUUGCUUUUGUUUACAGGGGAUGUUCAGCUGACAAGAGCAGAAGUUGGCCAAAAUACUGCCUGCACUAUUGACUUCCCACACAUCUUUCCUGGCAGGCCAACCUCAUAGUGGUCAAGGACUCGACCUUAGGUGUUUCGUCUAAGUGUUGCCAUUAUGGUGCUACUGAGCAUUUUCUUUUGAUAAACAAGGAAAAUGUCCAGGCUACAAUCCUGUACUGUCAUUUUCCUCACUGCUUCCAUUAAUCUGCUUAGAUACCAUUAGUUCUUUUACCUGAUACUGCUCAUUAUGGUGUUUGUACUUUUGUUUGCAUUCUAAUUUUUUUCAGUCAUGAGUAUGCAAACAGGAGACAUGAAAUGAAUAUAAAUA